GGAGGCGCCUUGGCCUCCGAGAGUCCUGGGCCGCGCGGGGUCGCGCGGGCAUGGCGGCCUCCCUGUGGAUGGGGGACCUGGAACCCUACAUGGACGAAAACUUUAUCUCCAGAGCUUUCGCCACCAUGGGAGAGACCGUUCUCAGCGUUAAAAUUAUCCGCAACAGGCUCACUGGGAUCCCUGCUGGCUACUGCUUUGUGGAAUUUGCUGAUCUGGCCACAGCUGAGAAGUGUUUGCAUAAAAUAAAUGGAAAACCCCUCCCCGGAGCCACACCAGCAAAACGUUUUAAACUGAACUAUGCCACUUAUGGGAAACAACCAGAUAACAGCCCUGAGUACUCACUCUUUGUAAGGGACCUCAGCCCAGACGUGGAUGAUGGCAUGCUCUACGAAUUCUUUGUUAAAGUCUACCCCUCUUGUCGAGGAGGCAAGGUGGUCCUGGACCAGGCAGGAGUCUCUAAGGGUUAUGGCUUCGUGAAAUUCACGGACGAGCUGGAACAGAAGCGGGCCCUGACUGAGUGCCAAGGUGCAGUGGGGCUGGGUUCAAAGCCAGUGCGCCUGAGCGUGGCUAUCCCCAAGGCGAACAGAGUGAAACCCAUGGAGUACAGCCAGAUGUACAGCUAUAGUCUCAACCAGUAUUAUCAGCAGUACCAGAACUACUACGCACAGUGGGGUUAUGACCAGAACACCGGCAGCUACAGCUACAGCUACCCCCAGUAUGGCUACACCCAGAGCACCAUGCAGACAUAUGAAGAAGUUGGUGACGAUGCAUUGGAAGACCCGACACCUCAGCUGGAUGUGAAUGAAGCCAACAAAGAGUUCAUGGAGCAGAGUGAGGAGCUCUAUGAUGCUAUGAUGAACUGUCACUGGCAGCCUUUGGACACUGUCUCAUCAGAGAUCCCCCCUGUGAUGUAGCUCAGCUGAGCUCACAGCUCAGCACCUCUGCAAGGACUAUAUAGGAAGAGGAGGGCCAGGAGGAACAUUGGAAACUUUUAACCUUUUUGAAAUGUAAUUUAUAAAAUUUUAAUAAUAUUU